UUUUCUGUUAAAUAAAUAAAUAAAUAAAUAGUAAAUAAUAGAAUUGUUCUUAGCUUUUCGGUGUAUAUUGAUCACAAAUCUUAGACUUUAUAUUAUUAGGAUAAGUCUGAAUAGUUUUAAGUUUUUGGGGAUUUUUUUUUAUUUUGUGUGUAUAUAGGAGUAACAAUUUGGGUUUGGGUGGGUUGUUUUUGUUUUUCCUUGUUAAUCAAGUAAUCUAGUUAUUAGGCUGGAUUAGUGUUUGCCUUUUUAUGAGCUGUUGAUUCUUGAUUUGGAGUGUUGUGUAAGAAAUUUUGGUUGUAUUGUGUGAUUAAAUGAUGGGUAUUGAGUAAAGUUUGGAUCUUUAUUGUUAAAAAGGGGUGUUUUCGUUGUUGCUUUGUCCUUGUGGUGAUUUGGGAAAGUUUGGAAGAUUGAAAGUUCAAGUGGGGUUGUUGGAUUUGUUGAGAUUGUGUUAAGUUGAGUAGUUUUGUAGUGGAAAGUUUGUAUCAUUAUUGUUAAAAAGGGGUUAAAAGUUCAAAAGUGUAUUUGGGUUUGUUGAAUUUAUUGAGAUUGCAUUAAUUUUGGGUGUGUUGAGUGGUUUUGUGGUGGAAAGUUUGAAACUUUAUUGUUAAAAAGGGGUUCUUUCUUUGUUUAUUUUUUGUCCCUUUGCUUUUUGUGGUGAUUUGGGGAAGUGUGAAAGUUCAUUUGGGUUUGUAAGAUUUAUUUAGGUUGUGUUAACUUGGGUGAGUUGAAUGGUUUUGUGGUGGAAAGUUUGAAUCUUUGAAGUUGGAGAUUUGGUGGGGUGUAAGAUUAGUUAGUGAAAAUGGUUGAAUCAAUUCGUGCAAUAUCACUUAGGGAGGGUACCAGUUUAUGGAGUUUGUUAUGGGAAAGAUCUGUCGAGUAAAUGGAAGGCAAUUGAUGUAUGUGGUAUGCCUUCUGCUGAUUUUCGUGGCAGAAAGCACCAUAAUGGGUAAGAAAUCAUCAAGAAAGAAAGGAGAUGGUACAACACUUGGUUCAAUUACAUUAAGAGAAGAAUUUGAUGGCAAGAAAAAACAAAUUCACGUUAAUGCGAAAUCGAUGCUGAAAUUGGAGCAUAUAAAGAAUCUUGCUACAUGGGCUAGUGGUGAAGCUUCUAUUCCUUCACUUGGUGCGUUUUUUGGUCAGAGAUUAGCUGCAUCAGCCGAGUCUUUGGGUGUUCUUCCUGAUCCUUCCUUAUUUACUUGUCAAAGGUGUGAGUCUAUCCUUCAGGCUGGCUACAACUGUACAACACGGAUUGAGAAGAACAAAAGAAAAGCACGAAAGAACCGCAAGAUGUCUGGUAUUCCCCCAAAGAACUAUGUUGUAUAUGAGUGUCAUUUCUGCUCACACCGGAAUGUAAAGAGAGGAACCCGAAGAGGCUAUUUGAACGACCUAUAUCUUGCCAAACCAAAAACUUCAAGAGUUGACCCUACUAUAUCAGCAAUUCGAAAGUCUGAACAGUUGGAUACAUGUAUUGAUAAGGCAAAAGUUGGUCCUACUAAAUCAGCAAAGCAAAAGUCUGAACAUUUGGAUACGUUAGUGACUAGUAUCAAUAAGGCAAGAGUUGGCACUACUGAAUCAGCAACCCAAAAGUCCGAUCAACAGUUUGAUGUCUCAGGGGGUAAUACCGAUGAAAUUAAUGAGACAGAUGUAAUAGUUUCAUCUGAAAUAGUUUUAGAUGAUCCUAUGGCUAGUCCUGCUACUCCAAUUACUUCUCUGUUGGACUCGAAAAAGAGGAAAAGAAAUAGAACAGGGUCCAAGAAAAAAGUUGAACCUCUGGAUGUUUCUUCCAUAACAAAUGCUGAGAAGACCUUCGCGACAUCCAAUAAGCGAAAGAAGAAUUCUUGGACUAGUUUGAAGGAAAUUGCGGAAAGUCAGAGUGGGAAUAGCAGGAAGUUCCCCAACAUAUCUGUUCCUUUUGUUCUUUAAUUGUAAGAAUUGUAUUGUUGCCUGUUGACCCUUUAGUGUUGAUACAAUCAUACUCCUGCAAGUUGUAAGAGUACUUAUGUAUGCAAGGGUGGCAAUGAACUGCAUUACCAUUUCUAGAUGGGCCAAAAAGGAAUAGCUAGAAACAUUUCUUAAGCUAGGAGUAUUUGAUGUUAAGUUUACAUGUCUUUUUUGGUUAUUUAAUUUAAUUAGUUGAGGAUAUUUUUGACUUGUACACUAUAUUAGUAUUUUCAAGCUACUUGGUUAGUUAUAAGGUAUUUAUUUUUGUGCUAGGAAUAUUUUACGAA